AAAAAACCAAUAAAAAUUAUAAACAAAAUUUAUUCAAAAUUCAAAAAUUUCAAAAUAUUGCUUUUUAAAAAUUUGUCUUGAUUAAGAUAUCUGGAGCAUCAAUACAUACAUUCAAAUGUAAUAAUUAUCCGAAUAUAGUAUUAAAAAAAUAAUUAUUAAUGUUUCUUUGAACCAGCGUAAAAAUGGGCGUCCUCGUCAUCCGUCUACUAGAUUGCCGCCAUCUGCACAAACUGCGACCUUCAUUUUCAUUUCUCAAUGCGCAUAAAUCUCUUCUAAUUUCGCAUGCAACCAGUUCUUGGGCAAUAUUGAUUUUCCUUUCGCACAGGCCACCGACCAACUUCUGGAGAGCAUGGAGCAGCAACACAGCAUGUAUAAUUUGCCCGUCUUAUGGAGAGGAAUGAAGUAUGUGGUGGAAAUUAGUUCAGAUUCUACUCUUCGGGACCUCGGUGAAAAGCUGCUAAAAUUAACAGAAGUUCAAGCAGAUACUAUGCGGCUCAUAGUCCCACAAUUUUCCAGCAAAAGCUCUAAAAUGUUAUAUCCUUUUUCUGAUGAAGAUGGAUUCUUGGCUUUGCAUAAGAUUUCCAUUUUUAAGGAUAACAAGCCUAUCAGAAUGAUGGGAGUAUCUAAGAAUGAGGUAGAUGAAGUUUUGAAGAACGAAAAAAAAAAUGAACGAAUUGCUGGGUUCGACGAAGAAGAACAGAGACUGAAACAACGAAUGUCAAGUAAGCGACAGGGCUUACUGAAACUACCAGGACCCUAUGUAUUUUGUGAAUUUCGGACGCUUCAAAUUCCAGGAAUUGAGUUGAACCCUCCAGCUUCAGAAGCUUUGAAAAGAAUGCAUAUGCUUGCAGCUGAUCCUGGCAUUGUUGCAAUCAUGAACAAGCAUCGUUGGCGUGUGGGAAUUAUGACUGAGAUGGCCCCUGUUGGCUAUGUUGGUGUGAGCCCGAAAUGUAUUCUUGGCUUUAAUAAGAACCAUGGAGAGGAGAUAUCUCUGCGACUUCGGACAGAUGACCUGAAGGGCUUCAGAAAAUAUGAAAGAAUUAAGAAAACAUUACUCCAUGAACUUGCACACAUGAUUUAUUCCGAGCACGAUGCCAACUUCUAUGCUUUGGAUAAGCAGCUUAAUGAGGAGGCUGCCACUUUAGAUUGGACAAGAUCAAAAGGCCACACGUUGAGCGGAGUUAGUUAUUCCCAAUAUCAUGAUGAAAGCGAUGAUGUUCAAGACGGCUUUGGUGUCUCACAGAAGCUUGGUGGUAGCAUGUCGUAUCGGCUGGUUAAUCCCCGUGCUUCUUCAGUUUCCGCUGCUUAUCACCGUUUGUCACACUCGUCAGAUUUCAGUUCAAGAGUGUCUCCAGUAAAUGGAGAGUCCAAUCCGGAUGAAAAUUCUAAUUGCCAAAACAAACUGGAGCCUGAUCCUGAUGUUGAUGCUUAUCAAAAGAAGAUCGAGCCUGACCCAGAUGACAGUUCCAAUUAUCAAAAGAAGCUCAAGCCUGACCCAGAUGACAAUUCCAAUUAUCAAAAGAAGUUCGAGCCUGACCCGGAUGACAGUUCCAAUUAUCAAAAGAAGUUCGAGCCUGACCCGGAUGACAGUUCCAAUUAUAAAAAGAAGCUCGAGCGUGACCCAGAUGACAGUUCCAAUUAUAAAAAGAAGCUCGAGCGUGACCCAGAUGACAGUUGCAAUUAUCAAAAGAAGUUCGAGCCUGACCCAGAUGACAUUUCUGAUUAUCAAAAGAAGUUCGAGCCUGACCCAGACGACAUUUCCGAUUAUCAAAAGAAGUUCGAGCCUGACCCAGACGACAUUUCCGAUUAUCAAAAGAAGUUGGAGUCUGACCCAGACGACAGUUCCGAUUAUCAAAAGAAGUUCAAGCCUGACCCAGACGACAGUUCCGAUUAUCAAAAGAAGUUCGAGCCUGACCCAGAUGACAGUUCUAAUUAUGAGGCGAAUUGUCUAGAAGCUGGCUUAGUCACAGAACCUAUGCAGACAGAGCCUGGCCCUGAUGAAAGUUCGGUACAUCAGGCGGAUUUAUCUAAAAUGGUUGUUGAUGAACCCGAUCCUGAUGAUCAAGAAAUUCAAAGAAUUCAAGACUCUGUUUCUGUUGUUUGCAUUCGAUUGCGUGAGGUUAUUGCAAGGCUGCUGGCUGAAGUUCGACCUUCUGAAUCCGCCGCAGUUUUUCAAACUCUGUUCAAGAUUGUUAGGAAUGUUAUUGAACACCCUGGUGAUAUGAAAUACACAAAGUUUCGCAAGGCUAAUCCCACUAUCCAGAAGAAUGUUGCCAACUACAAAGCUGCACUGGAGAUCCUCUUCUUGAUAGGUUUCAUUGAAGAUGUACUGCUAAACGAAAUGGGCAACGCCGAAACAUUUCUCGUACUGAAGCGUAACGAUCCUGGCUUAUUGUGGCUUGCCAAAUCCACCCUUGAAACGUGCAAUGCCUUGUAUAUAGAUUGAAGAACGUAGUUAGUAUGUUUAAUAGAACUGUAAAUGAUAGUGUAUGAUGAUACUAUAUACUAGUUCGACUUAUCGUUUUAGACUAGACAACACGAAACUCAGGACUGUAGGUCCAUAUCGUAUGUCGGUUUAUUUGUUUAUGCAAAUGUUCAAUUAUAAACUUGGUUCUUAAGAUUUUAAAAAAAAGGUUAAGUUCCUAUAUUUUUAGGUUUCAA